CUGAAGCAUACACAGCUGAACAGCAGGGUGACGAUCUGUGUUAAAGCGUCCUGCUCUUUACAAUGAAGCUUCUCCUCUUCCUCAGUGUGUGUGUGUGUGGAGCGCUGGUUCAGGCGCAUACUGAUUAUGAUGAUGAAGAUGGUGUAGAGGCGCCAUCGCUGCCCAAAGUGGAAGUCAAAGAUCCUCGAGGUCACAGGCCUCUUGCCAGAGGUCGUGAGGUUUACACGCCUGUCGCUGCUCCACCUCCUGUUAGCGGACGAGGACGUUACGGACCGCGACCCACUGCAACAACAGUGAGACAGCCUCAGGAGGAGAAGAAGGAAAUUCCUGACAGUGGAGGAUGUUUACAUGGUUCAGAGACAAUGGGUGUACUCUGUCCGACAGGCUGCGAACUGAAAACCACUUUGCUGAAGCAGGAGCGUGACGUUACACCUACAGUGGCUCAGCUCAAGAGAGACGUGGAAAAUCUGUCACAGACCUCCAACUCUGUCUACAAAUAUGUGGAGGAUCUGACCACAGAGGUCACAGAGAGACAGAGAAUCAACAACGGUAAUGACGAGUUAGUUAGUCAGUACACAGAUGACCUGGAGGGCCAGCAUGCGUAUGUGAAAGAAACAGUGGAUGUCACUUUUCCACAAAACAUUAAAAUCCUGCAGGGAGUCCUGGAGAAACUGCGGGAGAAGAUUCAGCGUCUGGAGAAGGCUGUCACUUCUCAGAGGGAGAGGUGUGCUGAACCGUGUGUAGUGUCCUGCCCGAUUCCGGUGGUGUCUGGAAAAGACUGCGAGGAUGUUUUCAGGAAUGGAGGAGAAACUUCUGAGAUGUAUCUGGUGCGCCCAGAAUCCUCACAAGCAGCAUACAAGGUCUACUGUGACCAGACAACCCAGAACGGAGGCUGGCUGCUUAUUCAGAACCGUUUGGACGGUAGCGUGGACUUCGGCCGGCGAUGGGAUGAAUACAAGAAAGGUUUUGGAAACGUUGCGUUUGAUGUUGGGAAAGGUUACUGCGAAACUCCUGGCGAGUACUGGCUCGGUAAUGACCGCAUCAGUCAGAUCACUAAGACGGGCCCAACUGAAGUCCUGAUCGAGAUGCAGGACUGGACAGGCACGAAGACAUACGCUCAGUACCAGCAGUUCACCGUCCAAGGCGAGGCCACGAACUACAUCCUGGCAGUGGAUAAAUACUCCGGCACGGCGGGAAACACCUUCCUCACCGGCGCAACAGAGCUGUUUGGUGUAAAUCGCACCAUGACUAUCCACAACGGCAUGAUGUUCAGCACCUACGACAGAGACAAUGACCGAUGGGUACCUGGAGAUCCGUCUAAGCAGUGUUCACGAGAAGAUGGUGGUGGAUGGUGGUACAACGCCUGCCAUUCAGCCAACCCUAAUGGCCGAUACUACUGGGGCGGACCGUACACGAAAAACAUGGCCAAACACGGAACAGACGACGGCAUCGUGUGGAUGAACUGGAAGGGCUCGUGGUACUCACUCAAGGCCAUCAGCAUAAAGAUCAGACCCUACUUUGCUCAGAAAUAACACACACACACAUACACACACACUCUUCCUGUGUGAAACAAGUACUCUUAUUCAGCAAAUGCCAUUUUGGAAAAAGAAAUAAGAAUGGAAAAAAAGAAAUAGAUGAUGAUAUCAGUGAAAUGAAAAGAUGAUAUCAGUGAAAUAUGAAGAUAAGAACUGCAUCAACAAACCUGCUUAUGUUCAAAAUAAAAUGUAUUCUGUGUGAACAUUA